CAGUCUCAGACUUAGAUGCUAUCAAAGAUGGGAAUAACACUCCUAUUGGGGAAAAGAAAGGAAGAUAGCUGAGAUGAGCUGCUGCUGUUAAAGGGCUUGUCUACACUACCGGACAGAUCGACGGGCAGCGAUACAUCUAGCGGGGGUUGAUUUAUCAUGUCUAGUAUAGAAGCGCUAAUGUCGACUCUGCUUCUCCACCUCAACAAGAAGCAGAAGGGGAAUCCAUGGCAGAGCGUCUCCCAUUGACACCCCACAGUGAAGACACCAUGGUAAAAUAUGCUAAACAAAAAACAAGAUCCCUGCCCUGAAGAACUUACAGUCUAAAGGCACAGGCGGGUACAGUACAGUGAACAGAGGCAUGAGGACGUUAUCGCUGGUACACCGUGUGGAACAGAGUACUUAAAAUGGAAUGACUGAGAUCAACAAGGCCUUCAUGAGAUUUCAGGUUUGAGUCACAUUUCAUACUGGCAGCCCUGUAAACACAAUCCAGGAUCUGAAAAUCAAGCUGGGCUCAUCCCUUGUGGCCCACCAUCACCAACAAUGUACUGCAGGACAACUUAUUUCCCAAUUGACAUGUGCCCCUGGUUAACAAGAGCCAUCUCCCCAGCCAUCCCUGUGUACAAUGGGCUCGUGUUCUUGUUCGUACUUGCAAACUUCAGCAUGGCGACGUUCAUGGACCCUGGAGUUUUUCCACGAGCAGAUGAAGAUGAGGAUAAAGAUGAUGACUUCCGAGCUCCACUCUACAAGAAUGUGGAGAUUAAAGGAAUCCAAGUACGGAUGAAAUGGUGUGCCACCUGCCAUUUCUAUCGCCCGCCCCGCUGCUCCCAUUGCAGCGUCUGUGACAACUGCGUUGAGGACUUUGACCAUCACUGCCCAUGGGUCAACAAUUGCAUAGGACGGAGGAACUACCGAUAUUUUUUCCUCUUCUUGCUGUCCUUAAGCACACACAUGGUCGGAGUGUUCAGCUUUGGGCUGAUCUAUAUUUUAAACCAUAUGGAAAAGCUGGGGGCAGCUCACACCACCAUUACCAUGGCUGUCAUGUGUGUGACUGGAUUGUUCUUUAUCCCAGUCAUUGGUCUCACAGGUUUCCAUAUUGUUCUAGUGGCACGAGGGCGUACAACCAAUGAGCAGGUGACGGGUAAGUUCCGUGGGGGGGUGAAUCCUUUCACUCGAGGAUGCUGCGGUAACGUGGAACAUGUGCUCUGCAGCCCUCUGGCUCCCAGGUACAUUGUUGAGCCAAAGAAAAAGCAGGCUGUGAGUGUGAAGCCUCCUUUCUUCAGACCAGAUCUAUCCGAGCGACAGAUCACAGUGAAGAUAAGUGACAAUGGGAUCCAAGCCAAUCUUAACCGAAGCAAGUCUAAAGUUAGCCUGGAAGGUCUGGAGGAUAAAACUAUGGACAUUCAGCCACCUCUGCCUCCCAAAGGAGAUCCGAGCAAGUACUCUGAACUGAAGGGGCAGCUGGGAACCAGUGAAGAGAGUGGUCUUUCACCUAAAUUGAUCAGUCCCCCAACUCCUGCCAUGUAUAAGUAUCGACCAGCUUUCAGCAACAAUCCCAAAGUCCACUACCACGCUGCGGCUGAGCAGAUCACCAUGCAGGAGGGACACAAGCAAGGAGUUUUGAUUGAAGAGAAUAACCAGAGUCUUGAUUAUCAAUCGGAGCCCAACCUGGACAUCCCAAACUACAGGAAGAGCUCGCUUCACAAGACUUAUCAGUCCUCCCCACUCCAGAUAGACUCCUUCGCUGUCAAUUCGCGAUCCCUGAGCUUGAAGUCUGCCAGCAGGAGAGGGACAGACAAAGUGCCACUGCAUCCAAUAAAAUCAGAAGGGGCUGCUUCCACCCCCUACAAAAGCAUCUUUUCCCCCAACUCCCUGUCAAACAGAAAUGGAAGUCUGUCUUAUGACAGUUUGCUAAACUCCAUGUCCCCCUCCGGGAGGAAAUGCAUAGCCCAUUCUGCUGUUGGCUCCGUGGGGUACCAUUCGCCAUAUUUGUCAGCCAAAAUGUGCCACCUACGGGGGAGCGAGCUGCAGCGCCAGGGUCCACAGAGUUUCAGCCCGGUGCUGGGGGGCCCAGCGCCGCACCAGCGGGACCCCUCUCCCGUCCGUUACGACAACCUUUCAAAAACCAUCAUGGCAUCCAUCCAGGAGAGGAAAGAAAUGGAAGAGAGGGAGAAGCUCCUCCUCUCACACCCAGAUUCGGUGUUUGCAGACUCGGGUGUGUAUGACACUCCUAGCUCUUACAGCCUUCAACAAGUCAGCGCGCUGUCUGAAGACCCUCGCAGCAUGGUGAUGAGAUAUGGCUCCAGAGACAAUUUGAUGACUGCGACCAGUUUUAGCACAAGGAACCCUAUACUGCAGUCCUCGGUGUCUUCCCUCUCAAGUGCAAUGGCCAGGGCACCAAGGACUUCCACAACUUCCCUUCAAGCUGAUCUAGCCAAUAACAAUGUCCAGUCCCAUCAGGCACUACAAGGCAGGAUGAGCAAUGGCUCCUACAAGUCACCAGGCCAUCAUGUCCCAUCAUCCCCUACAGGGAUGCCUAGGUCACCCUCUUAUGGAGGUCCAAAGGCUGUCUCAUUUGUUAACACUGUGGAAAUAACGGAGGUGCAAUCUGUGGGAGCACAAAGGGAGGACAUGCAGCUGAAGACACCUCACAGUAAAAUAAAUGGACAGCCAAAAGGAAUUUCCAGGGCAGAUUGUCGACUGGGUUCAACGUCAAGUUCCCAGGGGGCCCCGGUCAGUCCUGCUAGACACUCAAACGUUAAGAAGGUGUCUGGUGUUGGUGGAACAACCUAUGAAAUUUCAGUGUAAAAUAAAAAUUAAAAAUGAAAAUAAAGAGCCAUCCAUUAAGCCAGCCAUGAAGCUAGGUGCACUGUGAAGACUCAAACAACAUCAACCACAAAAGGAGCAGCAGCUGCCAGUGUCCUUUUUGGGGUUUUUUUCUGUUUGUUUGUUUUCAUCUUUCUCUUUUGGCCAAAAAAGAGCUGCAGCCUUAUUCUUGUGGAAAUAAAAUUGUACAGUCCAUCAGAAACUGUCUCGAACUGACUGCGGAAACUGGCUACCACCUAGCACCACAACCAUAGAGAUUAUUUCUUUCAUGAAAGAGAGUGAAAAAGCCAUUGUGUAUUUGUCUGUCAAACAAAACUGUCAUGUAGAAGUUGUGCUGUGAUGAAGAAUUAAUCUGGGGUCAUGUUUUUCCUCACCACAAGAUUUCUGGCCAGCAAAAUCUCGGGACAAGCCACUGGCCAGACUCUUAUUUUCUUAUAGACAUGGAGACCAGACUCCUUGUUUGCAGUCUGUGUGUAUGAGAACUACCAUUUGUCCCCAAAGCAUUGUUGGUGUUAUUCCUCCUGCUUUAAAGGAACCAGGCAGGGUGCAGUGGCCCUCAAGCAUCAUGUAGUGUUUUAAAGUCUCUCUCCCCCCCGCCCCCCGGCUCUAGGUGGAGGGGAGAAAGAAUAGCAGCAGCUUCUCACUGUCCAUGAUUCGCCUCCCUGUGUGUGAAAUUGUGUGUGUGUGCAUUUGUGUCUUAUGGAAUCGGACUGCCACAUAAGUAAGGAUUUAUCAUUCCUCCCUGUUGCUCCCCCUCCCUCUGUUUUUAAAGGCUUCUUACUCUGAAGAACAAGCCUCUAAAACAUAAAAAAAAUUCAGAUGGGAAAAUAUCUCUCUCCUCCUUUUUGUUUAUGGGAUGUAUGCAGUAACAUGGUUUAUUGUCUUGCAGUGGUGCAGUGUGUAUAACCUUAGAGGAAAGUUAUCAUGAUCUGUUGAAUUUGCAGUGUGUGUGACUGAGCCAAGCACAUACCUAGAGGAUAUAAAUUUGCUUCCUGCCUAAUGACCACCAGCCCUUAAUAUUGCUGGGCAGAAAGUUUUUUCCAGUCAAUAACUUUUUUCAAUAUCAGUUAUGUCCAUUUAGUUCUCUGGGCUUUCCUCCUUCUCCUGCCCCCACAAAGCUAUGUUUAUCUUGUUGAGUUUUGAGGCAACAUUAUUUUAAGAACCAAAAAAAAGCCAGGCAGAUAGCAUAUGGAAUCUCUGCCUUCUGUCUGGCUCUUCAGAGGCAAAUAGGUUUUGCUGGACAUCUAAAUUCAUCUCCCCUUCAGGAUGUUGGCUUCAAAGGGAUUAAUGUUUUAUCUACAUGCCAUGCUGAAAAUGGAGAGAUCUCCAGAUAUUUGAUAGUCAGAAUUUAUGUAACAAUGCAGAAAGAUAGUUUGUUUUAAUGAACACUAAGAUUUGUUGUCCAUUGAGGAAAAUACUGACCUCAGCUUUGUCUUAGUUAACAUUUACCUCAUGAUUCAGUAAAUCUUGACAGCCAUCUCAAUAUCUGCUUAUUAUGUCCCUUGUAUAUCACAUCUCUUUUUGAGAGGUCAGAUAGAAAUGCAUGGUGGGGUUAAUCAUGCUUCUGAGUAAUGUUCUUGGCUUGAACCAGAUCAUCUGAAGAGAGAAAUUUGGAAAGUAACAUAGCAGAAAUAGACCCAAAGUAAUAGUGGACAGCAAAGUAGAUAUAAGCUUGCAGUGCAGUAUGACAGCAAAAAGGCCCAGUGACAUUUUGAACUGCAUACACAGAGGCAUCACAGAGCUGAGAAGUAAUAGUCCCUCUAUAUGGCUUUGGUAUAAUUUUAUCUAGAGUUUUAUCAUUAGUUACAGGCACUUUAUUGCCAGAAUUAUAUUGACAAAUUGGAUCAAGUUCAGAGGGGAACAAUAGAUAUAAACAGAGAGCUGGAGAUGCUGAUUUAAAAAAAGAUUAAGAGCUAAAAUGUGUAAUUAAUUGACUGAGCAAUGAUUAAGGGAAGGGGGUAUGAUAAGCUUACAGAUAUGUAAUUUAAAGGAUGUAGUCCCAAAGGUGAUACGGGGGUUAUCACUGGUAGCAAAUGUCUUGUAUUUAAAAGGAAAAACAUUAAAAUGAAUAGCAGGGGAAGGGGUUGUGGAAUAGUCUUCUAGUAGGAAGCCUGAUCACUUAGAACAUUUAAAACUAAAUUGGACAAAGUCUUAGAAAACUUUCUACAGGGAUCAAUCGUGUACUGGCAAGGGGCUGGUCGAGAUGGCCUUAUAGUUCUCUUCCAUCUUUAAUUUCUACUCAUCUGCAAUUCCAGCACGAAUUUAACUCCUUGAGGGGUGAAAUUCAUCUCUGUGGAGAGAGUAGCACAAGGCCUAUGCAUCACUUAAGUAUCACUUAAUGUCACACUUAAGCCAUCAAAAGAGGGGUUAAGUGGCAUGUAGACUUUGUGUUGGCAGUCUGCACAGGGGCAGAUUAUAUCACCCUGAGUGAUUAUAAAACCAAGCCAUCCAAGUAAGGCUUUUAUAUUGCACCAGUGUAGCUUUGAAAAUAUGCAUCUCAUGGCACUACAAUGUGAACAUACUUUAUGAUGUUAGAAAAGAACAAUCUACAUAUUUUAAGGGCAAAUAGGCCUUUGAAAUUACUACAUAAACUCCUGAGCAAGAAUGGCUCAAUAAGACUAAACACAGUACUAUAUGUACUAUAUGUGUAAACCUUUCAAACACUUAUAGCCAGGGUUAUUUAGCUAUAACUCGUGGAGAGAGGAAGAAAAAGAAUUGCAUUGGGGAUACAAAUAAUUAAGUUACAGUGCAAGUUCUAUAUACUUUUUCUGAAGGUGGCUUAACUAGAGUUGAGACUCAUCUGGCACGUUAGUUCUUUUUUGAAGUUUGCAUAUAGAGUAGUGUGAAUGACCUGGAGAUGGAAGUAAAUUUUUCAACUCUUCCUGGAAGCAGUAUUCUAAGAAGUAUUCUAAGUAUUCUAAGAAGUAAUUUGAGAUUGUACACAGCAAGUUCAGCCCCAUUCCCAUCUAAAGCUUGCAUAGUUCCUAUUGGAGGACUGGGGAUCUACUCAUUAGCAAAACUGCUGUUGACUUUGGGAGCAAGAUCUGGCCCGUGUUAUUUUUUCCAGCUUUCCAAAAUUACAAAUUCUUCAAGCAAUUUACAAAUUAUUAAUGAUGUGCUACUUUUACUCACAUAGUCCUUCAGUUUUUAUAGACAGUAAGGCCCAGAACUUCAAUGGUGUGAUUUGGUGUAGCUCUCUUUAAAUUGGCUAGAGUUAUGCCAAUUUACAUUCAUUGAGGAUCUGAUCCCCUGGAUCGUAACAGAAGAUCCACUGCAGGUUAAUAUGUUUUUUAAGUAGCCUCUUGUUUUGUCUUUCUUAAUUUGUACUUCAAAAGUCUUAAAUCUUUUUAAUAUGUUUUUAUUUUUAGCAGUAGAUUGUAUAUUAUGUCUAUUUCUUAUUUAAGAAACAUCGAGUUUUCAUUGCAAAUCCCAUUUUAUUAGCAUAAUUUCACUGUUUAUUCAUUCCAGUUUAACACCCAAGUUUCAUUUUAGUACGGUAUGUCUUGAGAGAGCUGAAUCUCUGUAGCUUUAAUUAACUGUGUAAUAAAUAGAGUAACAUGAUAUUAAAUGGACCUUACUCCAUGAAUGGGUGAGAGAGGAGAUGUUUUUACGUGAAGCCUUACAAUUUUUCUUUUUUUUAUUUCUUUGUGUUUUGACUUAAUCAGAAGACCUGCAUAGCAAUGAAUUUGAAAUGGUGGGCCAAAUUCUGCUCCGACUUACAACUAUAAUUUGGCUCUGUAUGUUGAAAACUGGAUGCAGAAGUAACUGAGUGAGCAAAAAUGUUGUGUUGUCUGAAGGGGAAAAAAACCUUAGGGUUCUGUAUUUUCAUGCAGCUGGGUAAUAAAGUUUCAGAGAAUUGCAGGCCUGUGAUAAGUAUAUUAAAGAAAUCUCUGCCUUGCAUUAUUGUGGGAGGCUAUCACAGGAAGCACACAGCCAACACAUGUUUGUAUUUACUUUUUAAAUUAAAUAAAACCCAAAUUCAAUUAUUUCUUUUGGUUAACCUCAGCUGUAAGAGCUACCCAGACCUAUGCUUUAAUGUCCAAAAUCUGAUAUGUGGCAAAUGAGCUGUUUGUGUUGCUGUGUUGAAAAUGGAAGCCAAGUAUUAUCUGAACUUUGCCUAGGAUAAUUGCAUCAUGAAUACUAUAAGGGAGCCUCUUCAGAUGAUGGCUGCACUCCUAUAAAGCUUAAAUGAUGUGGAAAUUGCAAUGCAGUUUUCUUUGUACUAUACCUCUGGUCCAGCCUAGAGAUAUAUAUAUUUUAAGAGGGAAGGGUGGGGAGGGUCAGUGUUGCUGUCACAUAGACAGUUUGGGAAGUUUAUGUUGACAUGUUUUUACAGUCUAUAUUUCACCUGUUCUGCCACCUUGAAUUGUUGGAAUGUAUCUGUGCAGGCUUUGUGGAGCUCUGUCUGUAAAACAUUUUUGUGGAUCUGGUAAAAUAUAUGUGUGUGUGUGUGUAUAUAUAUAUAUAUACACACACACACACACACUUUGGUAUUUUAAGGUGUUACAUUUUCCUGGUGUUUCUGCAUCAGACUGUAUAGCUUCAGGAUUGUCCAGAAGGCUCAUAUGUUCUUUCUACCCCUUUUCUGAGGCCUUGUUAAUGUUCCAUUGAUUACAUCACAGUCCAUGGGCCAAAUUCUAAGUGGCAUGGAGCAUCUUCAGCUCCCCCUGACUAUACUUAGAGUUGCAGAUACUCAGCACCAUCCAUGGGCUGGCCUCCGUGUAUGUGUAAAACGUAGAAGUGUGUGAAAUGUGAUAGUCUUGCAUGGAACAAAGGUCAAUCUGGAUGCAAAAACUUCCGGUGGUAAAACACAAAGGGAACUAAUUGAAUCUUAAAUACCUUCUUCUAGAUGAGGGUGGAAAACAAGGUGAGAUGACUCCUUAUGGUAAUCUCUGAAGGCACUAGUAUUGCCAAUGAUUAAGUGUGGUAUCGAGGACAGCAGGAUGUGUACAUCUGACAGAUAGCCAAAUUCCAGUCUGUCUAACCACCUCUGUCAACCUGUUUGUUUCUAGUCUGUGACAAUAUGCCAAUUAGGUCUGUGCUACUAGUUUAUAGUUGAUACAGUUGCCAAACCCUCUUAAGAGCAGCUGCUCUGGGAUCUUAGAAGCCAUAAUGUGCAGUAUGCAGACUGGUGACACUGAGAAAGGAUUCAUUCAUGAAGAGUGUUCACUGUAAAUGCUUGUCAUGCUUGUGUGCUGGAGUGUCUUUGAAUGAUAAAGAUUAGGCUAUAUAUAUAUAUAAGGAUCAGAUCCUCAGCUGGUGUAAAUCAGCAUCGCUCCAUUGAUUUCAGUUGAAUCAAACAGCUGAGGAUCUGGCCCACUAUAUUUUAUAUAAAAUCAUACUGGCUUAUUCAGAUGUUUUAUAUAAGACACAGCUAAAUUUACUAAGUUAGCAUUAAUUUCUCUGAUUUCUUUUUUCAGUUCUGUGGGUCAAGUUUUGGCUCACUUUUAAAACUAGAUACGAGAACAUAAUAUUUGAAAGAAGGAGAGACAGAUGGGAACUUCUUGUGCGGGUGAAAAUAGCUUUUAGGGGAAGAACAAUUACAUACUAAGUGGAUUUGAAUUACUGUCAAAAUAAUUUUUGUUCGUCUUAUCACAAUAACUGGAGUUUUUAAAGAAGACAUUUCACAGCUGGUAAACCUGUAUCAUCGAAACAUUUCAAAAAUGUCUCGGUUAGACAUGUCAAACUGUAUGGUGAAAUAUGAUUUACUUCCAUAGUUAAAAAGAAUUCUAAAGAACUGAUGGUACAUUUGACUGUGCCUUAUAAAGAUAUGUAAUAUGUGUGUAUAUAUAUAUACAUAAGUGUGUACAUAUAUUCAAAGAAAACUGGUUACAGAUUU